AUGGGUCGCGAAUUGCAAAAGAGGAAAAACCGCUCGUCAACCGCCAAGGUGACGCAAAAGGCAAAGUCGAAGAGAAAGUUGUUGCAGAACCCCAUUAUCGCAGCCAACUGGAAUCAGAAGGAGACGCUCAGCCAGAACUACCGCCGUCUCGGACUCGUUUCCAAGUUGAACCACCCCACCGGUGGUGUUGAGAAGACAUCAAAGACAUUAGUCGAGGCUGCAAAUGGCCUUGCACCCGAGCCCACGCCCGACAACCUCAACAUCAGCACAAAAUUGCCCACUACUAUCAACAUCUCCGAAGUCAAGAUUAGAAGAGACCCCGAGACUGGCGCUAUUCUGGAAGUCCUGGGUGGUGAAAGAAAGGCCAACCCGCUGAACGACCCCUUGAACGACAUUGAGGACAGUGACGACGAGGGCUGGCAGGGAUUCGUCAACGAGCACGGUGUUCUGGACGGAGCACAACAGGGAGGAGAUGCAAGAACCGAUGUGGUCCGCCAACUCGAGGAGCAAGCCGCCCGCCCGAUCAAGAAGGCUCCCAGGAAGCAGAGUGACCGCGAAGAAGAAUGGAUUGAGCGACUGGUGCAGAAGCACGGCGACAACUACGCCGCCAUGGCUCGCGACAUGAAGCUCAACCCCUUCCAGCAGAGCGUUGGUGAUCUCAAGAAGAGAGUCAAGAAGUGGAACGCCAAGCAACAAGCAUGA